AUGUUUCCGGCGUCGGUAAAAGAUAAAUAUAAUUACCUUUCUCCAGUUGCUACACAUGAAGAAAUUGUCAACCAACCUCUGCUCUUCCUGGAAACACUUAAAAGUUUUCAUUCUAUGUUGGGCAGCAAAUUUAUGGUGCCAGUAAUUGGAAGAAAGGAGCUAGAUUUGCAUGUUUUAUAUGUGGAAGUUACAAAGAGAGGUGGCUAUAUUAAGGUAAUUUCAGAGAAGAAAUGGAGGGAAAUAAGCUCAACCUUCAAGUUUUCUGCCACAACUACAAGUGCUUCUUUUGUGCUAAAAAAACAUUACCUUAGCCUCCUAUACCAGUAUGAGCAAGUUUACUUCUUUAACGUACAGGGCCCUAUUAUUACAACUCCUCCAACAGGUCUAUGCCCUAAUGAUAAUGAUAAAUAUGCACACGAAAGAGUUGAAGACUCAGACUCACUCGGAGAUAUUAUUCCCUUGAGCAUACCAGCAGUAGGAACAAUUCAUGGGAAAUUCGAGUGCGACUAUUUAGUCUCUGCCAAACUAGGACAUGAACUUCUGAGUGGAGUAAUUUACCAUCCUGUAAAUAUGCAAUGCAUUCCCUCCUCUACAACUGAUGAUCUUAGGUUAGCAAUAGUCCCUUACAACCCCAAACAACCUCGUCAAGCAUCAAGAAAGAGAAGGCGUAAAAGGAAGCGAUGGGGUGGAGAUCCCAGCCACCCAAAACCCAACAGGAGUGGCUACAAUUUCUUCUUUUCAGAGAAACAUGCACUCCUUAAGUCCCUUUAUCCUAAUAGUCGAGAGAGGGAGUUUACUAAGAUGAUUGGAGAAUUAUGGAACAAGCUCACCUCUCAAGACAGAAUAGUUUAUCAGGAUAUGGGGUUGAGGGAUAAGGAAAGAUAUAGAACAGAACUUCAGGAAUACAAUGCCAAGUUACCAGCAGUUAAAGGCAACAUGAUCCACCGCCGAUAGCAGUGACUAACCCUCUCGCCCCAUAUGCUCCGAUUAAGGGUAAAGGACUGGCUAAGGGUCUGUUUUCAUUCCCGGAUGUUGAAAUUCAAACCCCAAACCCCAAACCUUUUGGUUAAGAGACAAAGUAAAUAACCACUUUGCCAAGACCAACUUGGUUGCCUCUUAAUUUGUUUAGAUAACUAGAA